AACUUAUUGAUAAACCACGUUGAUGUAAAACCCUUUGAACUUCAAUUAAACCAUAUCAAGCGAAUUAAAUAGUAUUUAUUUUUUUAAUGGUUAGGUUUUAUUAAUAUGCCAGAAUUAGUGAUACCCUUAGUUUCUCAUGAACUAUAAAUUAAUAACCUUCAUCAAAUGACCAGGUCUAUUACUUUGUCAGAGAAUUCAGCCAUGAUAGAAGAAAAACAAUAAGUACAAAUUUUUAUAUACUAGUAACAAAACCACCCAUCCGAAAAAAAGUUCUCCUAAUGUGCAGAAAACGUAUAGUAAAUUGUAACUUCCAAAAGGAAUGGUCUCGAUUAUAAUAGAGAAUCUCCUUUUGUCAAGAUCAGUGUAUAUAAGCAGCACCAAAUGGCUAAUUAGAAAAUUUACAUUCUCCAAGAUGACAAGUAAUCAUUUCUUUUAUAGAUUAGGAUUAUUGGAAGCAAUCAAAUAUAGAAAAAUGAAAUAUCAAUUAUUCGUCGUAAGAAGCAAUAGCAUUUAGGAGAUAAUAAUGUGGAUUUGGGUAAUUAUUUUAAAUGAACAUGUUUUUAGGUCUUUCAUCAUAAGAAUAAAAUGUUGAGCAGGUCCCUUGCAAAAUUUCAACUGAAUUUGGUUUUCGACAUUCAAGUAGGGUCACUUCGCAAAUUUUAUGUUUCUUAUCUUUAAAGUAUUUCCAUGACCGAUUUUCAGAAUUACCUUCAAAUAUCUUCAAACUUAUUCACUCAUUUAUCAAGUAAAAUAUUCUUCUCAUUUUUUUAGAGAAAAACCUAAAUUCUUCGUAUAAGAUUGCGGCACUACUUUGAAAACCUUAGUUAGAAUAUAAAAGGAGAACCCAAGGAUAAUGAAUGAAAACAAUAAUUAUUUAAUUGGAGCUGAUUUCUAUUUUCAUGUGGUUCAAUUAAAUUCGAUACCAAAGUCAAAUGAAAAUAAGAAGAAGGACAAAGAGAGUUCAAAUGAAUACUUUUUUUAGACUCUUGUUAGAGAAAAUGAAAAAUAUAGAGCUCGAAUCCAUGGUUUGUCUAAGGAAGAAUAAGAAUAAUUCUAAGGUAUCUAAUUUAAUAAACCUAGUAUAUUUGGAAGAAUACAGAACAUUAAAAAAGAAGGGAAGGAAAUAAUAUCAUCUUUAAAAUUGUAAUAGACCAUUCCUUAAAAUUUAAUUUGAUACCCCAAUCUCUAAACAAAUUGCUGUGUUUAUUGGCAAGGCUGGAUUUGAACAAACUUUUAAGAUUGGAAGAUCUCAGGAUUGUGAUAUUAUUGUCAAUAUGAAUACUGUCUCUAGAAAACAAACUUAGAUUAAAUUUAACAAAACAUAAUGGGAAAUAUGUGAUGGAGAAGGAAUACGAUAAUCUGCUAAUGGAACUUGGCAAUCCCUAUAACCAUAUGAACAACCCAUGUUGGCUACUAAAUUAAAAUAAAGUGAUCCAUUCCUGAUUGAGGAUAAGAUGGAAAUUAAAAUAUGUGAAAACAUUUUUAAAUUUGAAAUGGUGGGAUUUGGAGUUUCAAAAAAGUAAUAUAAUAUAACAUUUUUAGACGAAAAUUGACUAAUACAUUAUACUAGGAAUUAACUUAAUACGAUUGA